GGGCUCAAGAGUAUGGCGAAGCAGCGGCGUACAUCCAGGCGCAAUUCGAGGCGAAAAACAAAUCGACGACAAAAGAGAUCUACUGUCACAUGACCUGUGCAACCGACACGCACAACAUACAGUUUGUGUUCGACGCAGUAACGGAUGUCAUAAUAGCCAACAACUUGCGCAACUGUGGACUGUGUUUCCUUGGAAAUUUUGAAUGGGGAAACCCCGAUUUCCUAGACAUUAGAAAGUGUAAAAGAAAAUCUACUUGCAAUUUAGGGGCUCAAGAGUACGGCGAAGCAGCGGCGUACAUCCAGGCGCAAUUCGAGGCGAAAAACAAAUCGACGACAAAAGAGAUCUACUGUCACAUGACCUGUGCAACCGACACGCACAACAUACAGUUUGUGUUCGACGCAGUAACGGAUGUCAUAAUAGCCAACAACUUGCGCAACUGUGGACUGUACUGAACGGUUUUUACACUAUACAUAUUAUUACAUCCUUCGAAUAAUGUACCUACUGACUGUCGGAUCGGACAUUCAAACGAUAAAUUAUAGCAGUUCGGAAAAAUACAUCUCGGGUGUUAAUAUAAAUACUUAUACUAAUUUGUAAAAGGAAAAGGAAAGGCUCACGCCGAAAUUCCAACAUUUUCAAUGACCUUAUGACCAUCACCGUUGUUAACGCUUCUACACUGAUCAACAAUAAUAAUAAAUAAUAAAAUAAUAAUAACGUGAGUUCUUAUGACGACUUAAUAUUCUCGAUAACACAAAACACUUUUAUGCGAACACCUCGUCCGUACGUACACUGGCGUUUAAACAUAAACACUUACACAUUUCCACGCGCGCAUCCACCUACAUAAGUAUAUCUAACUACACAUUAAAAACAAAUACACGUUCUCUCCUACUUGAAAGUGUUGAAAUUGUUAUGUGCUAGUUUUAUUGUUUUUUGAGCGAAUGGCACUUGUGUUCCUUUUUAAUCGAAUAUCGGUGAGGGUAAUAACGGGGAUCGAAUGAGGAAACUGGUAAAACCGCAAUCGAUACUUCUACGCCAAUGAACUGACACAAUGUGUUGGCUUACGCCAAAAUCUUUUAAAAAUCAUAUAAGUAAAGGUGCAUUUAGACUAAGCGAACGAAUGGUCGUGUGUCCUCUUCCCUUACGCUUAACCCUUUUAGAUACAUCGUCAUUCGCCCCUGUGAGCGGCAUGGUCUAGAGGUUUAGACCAUUGCUUAGCAUUCCGGAGGACGCCGGUUCGAUUCCCGGUCAAUCUGUCU